AUGAUAACAUUUUAUAGAUCUCUAAAGAGUUCUCAGUUGUAUAACAUUGAUAUUAACACACACAAACACACAAAAAUGAACAAGAAUGAAUUCAGUCCAAUCGAUACUCAGUAUACAAGUGGACAAGAAGCACCAAGUAUUGCUACAAUAUUUACAUCAAGAAAACAUUUCAUGGAAUGGUUUCGUUCCUACUUUGAUCGAUCAUUAUUAAUCUUUCAACUGUUCUACUUCGCCUAUUAUGCAGCAUUCGGCUCCCUAUUUCCCUUGAUAUCAAUUUAUUUCAAACAACUCGGUUUAAAUGCUUUACAAUGUGGGAUAUUAAGUGGAACACGUGCAUUGUGUGAAUGUUUCGCCGUGCCAUUUUGGAUUGCAUUAGCUGACAAGUGGAAAAAGGGUAAAAUGUUUGUCCUUGUGAGUUUAGUUUGUGCUAUGGCAUUUACACUUGGCCUCGGAUUUGUACGUCCAACACCAGAAGGUUGUCUGGUUAGUCUACCAAGAUCAUCAGCAGCACGAUACAAUACAACACAAACAGGCAGCGAUGAUGGUGAAGAUGGUUUAAUACUGAGUAUUAUUCAACCCUACAAAGCAUCAAGAUAUGAUGAUAUCAAAUCGGUUGAUAUGGAUAGAGAUUUAGCUUUAAAGAUACGCAAUCAAUUGGGACAAUCACCACUUUAUCUAAAUACAAAACUGUUAGUCUCUCCACCGAAAAUGAAAGCUACACGUUGGGGUAGUGGUGUUGGCCAACAGACUGGGGAUCAAAACCUCUAUGCAAGAACGCAGGCCUAUCAUGAUCCAACACAAUAUCCACCUGGUAGUCUUGUUAUGCCGCUUUAUUCAACUGUCGUUUAUAGUCAAACAAAAAUUAAUCAAAUAUUUAUUGUCAUCUUAUUACUACUAAUAUUUGGUGAGAUUAUGUCAUGUGCUGCUAUCCCUAUAGUCGAUGCUGCUGUUGUACAACAAGGCGUCACUGAAGUAUGCAAUAGUUAUGAAAGACAACGGAUAUCUGGUUCACUUGGUUGGGCAUUGUCAAUGUUUUUUAUUGGUUUAACCCUGGAUCAUUCAACAAGUUUUCCAGACUAUCCAUGCUUACAUCCUGGUUAUCGUGAGAAAAAUUAUAUGCUGGUUAAAGACAAGAUGGCGAAAACAUUUUUGGGUAGACAAACUAAAAAUCGUUCAAAGUUGGUUAAUGAAGAUGAAGAGGAAUAUGGUGAACAAGCGGCUACCGCGACAAGUGGUACUGGUAAAGACUGGAAACCAAGUGAAAUGUCUAGUGAAUUUGAAAAGGCUACAUUUGUCAGUGGAACAAAAAGCAGUAAACAGAGUAAUGAAGAAAUAUUAGAAAAACAACUGGGCAUAAAAUUUGAUCGUAAAGAUGGUGGUGAUACGAUUAAAAAUCAAAAUUCAAUUGAUACAAGACAAGAGGAGUUAGCGGCUGCUGCACAGCUGAAAGUAACAAGAUGGUUCCACGCCUUGAAACAAUUUCGUCAACCUCGAUUAUUGCUAUUUCUCUUUGUUAUUUGGUUUAUGGGUUUGGGUUUAGGCCAGGUAUUCACUUUUCUAUUUUGGCAUAUGCAAGAGCUGAAUGGAUCCCCAACUUUAUUCGGUAUUGCAUCAGUGAUAAAUCAUGUUUCUGAGAUAUUCAUGUAUCAGUUCAGUAAACAAAUAAUUGAUAAAAUUGGUCAUUUGAAAGUGUUAUACUUGGGAUUAGUUGGAAAUGUGUCAAGAUUUCUUUAUGUGUCAUGGAUAACAAAUCCAUGGUGGAUUUUACCAUUUGAAUUUAUACAAGGUCUCACACAUGCUGGUGUAUGGGUAGCAUGUUGCUCGUAUAUUAUGCAAGCAUUUCAACCAGAAUUUCGUUCAUCAACACUUGGAUUCUUACGUGCAAUUCAUUAUGGAUUGGGACGUGGUUUAGGCGCUAUGUUUGGUGGUCUUGUAAUAUCAAGUUAUGGAACUCCUGCAAUGUUCCGAUCUUAUGGUGUCGCUUCAGCUCUAGUAUUGUUGGCCUUUUUAGUACUGAAUUAUUUUAUGCCUAUACCUGCAGUGAGUGAAGAGCCAACUGAAGAGGAUAAAAUGUAUUCUGACAUUGCAUCUAGUAAAACAAAUGUAAAUCAAACGCCAUUUGGUAAUGCAUUUCAAACAAGUGAAGUAACACAUGAUUAUUAUCUACAAAAGGAGAAAAGCCAACAACCAUUAUCACCCAAACAACAAAUGCCAUAUUCAUCCGUCAACGGUCAACAACAACAGCAACAACAACAAUAUGGACCGCUAAAGGACACGUAUCGUCAAGGCUACUAA